AUGAUAUACAAGAGAUCCAGUCGAAAGUGGCCGUUUCCAUUACCGCCUGGUCCACCUGCUGACCCUAUCAUCGGCCACUUGAGAAAAGUACCGCCUGCUCAUGCAGAAGUCACCUACCUUGAAUGGGCGAAGAAGUAUGGCGAAGUUAUAUAUCUCAACCUCUUGGGGCGACACAUAAUUGUUUUGAAUAGCAAAGAGGCGGCGUACGAUCUUCUUGAUAAGAGGAGUGCCCUGUAUAGUGAUCGACCAGAUAUGAUUGUUUGGGGCCUAUUAGGAUGGAGUACUACGUUGACCUUCCUCCCUUACGGCGAUCAUUUCAGGAGGCAUAGGAAACUAGUGCACUCUCACUUGAUGUCGGGAGCUUGCAAACAGUACCAGCCAAUGCAAUUGGAGAACGCACACCUCUUGGCAGGGGGGCUUUUGGAGAGUAACAGUGAGUACGAACAUGCACUGACCCGCUUUUCCACGUCGAUAAUCAUGCGGGUGACGUACGGUCAUCAAAUUCUGUCGGACGAUGACGAGUAUCUUGCGCUAGCGAAUACGAUUCAAGAAUCUGCAAGUGAAGUAGGAGUACCAGGAGGAACGCCUGUAGACCUUUUCCCUAUACUACAAUAUCUCCCCUCAUGGUUUCCUGGCACACAUUAUGCGACCAUGGCUCGAAAGUGGCGACCUGAGACGGAGAAAGUCCAUACUGUUCCGUUCAAUUCUGUCCUACAUCAAAUGGCGGAGGGGACGGCAAAGCCUUCGUUCCUGAGCAGCAUGCUUGAAAAGUUUAAUGGCCGUGCACUAUCCCAGCAAGAGCGUCAAGACCUGAGGGACGUUACUGCUAUAAUGUACGGCGCAGGUGCCGAAACUACCACUUCUGUCCUCGGAAUAUUUUUCAUGGCCAUGGUGGUGAACCCUGAGUGCCAAAGGCUAGCUCAAGAGGAGAUUGAUCGAGUAGUUGGAAAUGAGAGACUUCCAACAUUCGAAGAUCGCGCCUCCUUGCCAUACAUCGAGUGCGUAGUCCGGGAGAUAUUACGGUGGAACCCUAUUUUCCCUUUAGGCAUAGUACAUCGCUCCGUACAGGACGAUAUUUAUAAAGGCAUGUUCAUACCAAAAGGCUCGCUUGUAUUCCCCAACGUAUUGGCCAUGUCACUUGACGAAGACUAUGUGGACCCUACGACUUUCAAUCCAUCACGAUUCAUGCCGAAGUCAGACGGUGGCGGGGGCGAGUCACCCUUCACAUUCGCUUUUGGCUUCGGAAGAAGAAUAUGCCCUGGGAGGCACCUAGCAUAUGCCAGCCUCUGGAUCGCCAUCGCCACCAUUUUCUCGACACUCCACAUCUCUCGCAAGAAGGACAAGGACGGGCACGACGUUGAAUUACAACUUGAAUUUGGGUCAAACAUUACGAACCAUCCGAAGCCACUUCCAUGUGACAUAUCGCCUCGAUCAGAGACUGCAAUGCAGCUGGUGAAAGAUGCUAUUAGAAAUAUCCAGGCGAGCUGA